CCUCUACUCUAUGGUAACGCUGGAGGUAGAGCGACUGCUGAGGGCUAAGGCCGCUCGUUGCUGGAGGACCCGAGCUUCAUCCCGGGGGGGGUUGAGAAGAGAUAAAAUGGCCGCCGUGAGGCCGCCCCGGCCUGUCUGCCGUGUCCCAGUUCUGUUACGGACGGGGAGGUGAAGAAGAAGGCGGCGGCCCGGAGGGGGGAGGUGGACGGAGGACCAUGGGCUCUCAGACUCUGCAGAUCCUCCGGCAGGGAGUGUGGGCUUCCAUCACCGGGGGCUGGUACUACGACCCCCACCAGAGCACCUUCGUCAACACCCUGCACCUCUACAUCUGGCUCUUCCUGCUCUGCUUCCCCUUCACCCUGUACAUGGCACUGCCGUCUUCUCUAAUCAUUGUUGCCGUGUAUUGCCCCGUUGUAGCAGCUGUCUUCAUAGUAUUGAAGCUGGUGAACUACCGCUUACACAGGGCUCUGGAUGAAGGAGAAAUUGUGGAGAGGAGCGCCAGUGAGUUGACGGAGAGAGUGCCGAAGGCAGAACGUAGUGAUAGCUCUGCUAGAAGAGAGGACAGCAAUGGACCUGGUGACCCUGGUGGAGGGAUUGAGAUGUCUGAGUUUGUAAGAGAAGCAACUCCUCCUGUUGGAUGCAGUUCACGUAAUUCUUACUCUGGGUUGGACCCAAAUCAGGUUGGAAUGUCUAGAUAUGGAGCUGCAUCAGCAAGCAAAGGGGAUACAGAUGCUGCAAAGACCUCAGAUGAUAUCAGUCUGAGCCUUGGCCAGAGCUAUAGUUUGUGCAAAGAAGGAAGUGAAGACCAAGAUUUAACUGUGGAUCAAAAGCUUUUUCGCCUGGUGUCCAAUGACUCAUUUGUCUCCAUUCAGCCUUCGAUCUCCUCUGGAGGAAAAGACUUAAUUAGGGAGUACAGUGACAAAGGAUCAGUGGCAGCACACGGUCACCACCACCAUCAUCAUGUGGAUCUGUCUCUGUCCAAUGCCUGUGACACAGAACUGGCUUCACUUGUUCCUUUGCAUUCACAUUCAUACAGAAAAGACCAUAGACCUAGAGGCGUGCCAAGGACUUCAAGCUCAGCUGUUGCUUUCCCAGACACUUCCCUCACUGAUUUUACACUCUACCAACAAAGGCGCGGGCUGGAUCCUGUUAGUGAACUUGAAGCUUCCAAACCACAUUCUGGGUCCAAAGAUUCUCUAGUAGAUAAUGUUUGUGCUUCAGGGAUUUUUCCAUUAGACUAUCUAAAAAGCAAAGGAUCCCAGCAGCUUUCGCGGAAUGGCAGUGUGAAACACAUGAAAUCUGACAAAAGCAUGGAUAGUUUGCGAAGCCUCAGCACAAGGAGCAGUGGAUCCACUGAAAGUUAUUGUAGCGGGACAGAUCGGGACACAAACAGCACCGUUAGUAGCUAUAAAAGCGAACAGACGAGUUCAACUCAUGUGGAGAGCAUUUUAUCAGAACACGAGGAAGCUUCUGCUGCAAAAAGAGGUCACUGUAGUGACCCAGAGGAGGAGCGCAGCUCAGCCACCGAUAAAAGGACUAGUAGUGUAAGGACUGCGGUCGAGAGAGGUACUGCUCAGGAAGCAAAAGAUGCAAAUACGUCUGAUGAUGUGCAGAGUCCUAGAGGUCUUAGCUCGUCUGCAUCGGAAGAAGCUAACAAAAACCCUCAUGCAAACGAACUAACUGCACAAGCUGACUGGUUACCAGGGAAACUUACAGUAAAUCUUGAUGACGCAAUUGAGAAACCAGUGAUUUUAGUAGAUUUAAGAUCCUUUAAAGAAACGGGUAUUAAGCAGCGAGAUAGUGAUGUGCGACCCAAAUCAUCUAGCUUAAUCCACCGGACAUCCUCGGUUCAUAAAUCUUGCAGGAGACGGACAGGUAAAAAACGAGCCAGCAGUUUUGAUGCAAGUAGGCACAAAGAAUAUGUCUCCUUUCAAGGCACAGCUGAAACCAAACCUCACAGCACUGGUUUUUGUCAUGACGAAGAUUCUAGUGACCAAAGCGACUUGAGCAGGACCUCAAGCGUGCAGUCGGCCCACCGUUUUAGCAGCGAUAGCUCUUCCAGCACUACAUCCCACUCAUGCCAGUCACCUGAGGCCAGAUACAGUGCCCUAAGGACAAAAUAUCACAUAAAAGAAAGAGGUGCAGAGUCCCAUCGGACCCACUUAAGUUGUGAAGGGGCUAGCAAAAAACGUUCUACCCGUAGGACUUCAAGUGCAAGUGGUACAAAAAGUCGUGCCAGAGUAUUAAGUCUGGACAGUGGCACUGUAGUUAGCUUGGGUGAUGCCAAUAGACUGGCAGCACCUGAAAAUAUCAAAACAUUAACCACUUCAAAAUCAGAUCUAGAAGCCAAAGAGGGGGAAGUGCUAGAUCAGCUUUCUUUAUUAGGACGAGCUUCACACUUAGAAUCUGUAACACGUUCGAGAAAUAGUUUGCCCAGCCAGGUUACGUUUCAGGAUGUGGGAGAGCGAGAAGUCGCAGUUGGAGCACACGCCAGUGAGGAAACUGUAACAUUUCGACGUGAACGCAGCACAUUUAGGCGCCAGGCUGUAAGGCGCCGGCACAAUGCAGGGAGUAAUCCCACUCCUCCCGCAUCGCUCAUCGGAUCACCCCUCAGCCUUCAAGAUGGUCACCAAGGCCAGCAGUCAUCAUCCCAGGUCAAAGUCCAGUCCUGUCCCCCUUCCCAAGCCGCAGUUCUCAGCGCUAGCGCCUCCUUGCUGGUGAGAAAUGGGAGUGUCCACUUAGAAGCAUCACAUGACAAUGCAUCUGCCGUAGGCAAUAGCAGUUUGCACGAUGAACUUGGUAUGCAGGCCUUAUAUAACCUUGGUGACAUGGAAGUUUUAAUGCAGCACAUUUUGGGUAAAUUCACCCCAUCUCUGUAUGAAACUGGUGGCUGUGACAUGUCACUGGUGAACUUCGAGCCUGCAGCAAGAAGGACAUCUAAUAAUCUCUGUGACACAGAUUCCCACGUAUCAAGUUCUACCUCAGUUCGAUUCUACCCACAUGAUCUACUCUCUCUUCCCCAGAUCCGAUUAAAUAGGCUGCUGACCAUUGACACCGACCUUUUAGAGCAGCAGGAUAUUGACUUGAGCCCUGACUUCCAGGACCAGAUGCAGCCACAGGAGCAGGCCGCACACAAAGUAAAACACUACUAUCGUUUCUGGAUUCUGCCCAAACUCUGGGUCGGCAUCAACUUCGACAGGCUUACACUAUUGGCCUUGUUUGAUAGGAACAGAGAAGUCCUUGAAAAUGUACUGUCUGUCAUCCUGGCUAUCUUGGUUGCCUUUCUGGGCUCUGUUCUUCUCAUAGAAGGCUUUUUCAAAGAUAUCUGGGUCUUCCAGUUUUGUCUUGUUAUUGCCAGCUGUCAAUACUCUCUCCUUAAGAGUGUUCAACCAGAUUCUUCUUCCCCUAGACAUGGCCAUAAUCGCAUCAUAGCCUAUAGUAGGCCUGUUUACUUCUGUGCCUGUUGUGGCCUUAUUUGGUUACUGGAUUAUGGAAGCAAAAACCUGUCUACCACCAAAUACAAAUUAUACGGAAUGGCCUUUACCAAUCCUCUGCUCCUCAUCUCAGCCAGGGAUUUAGUCAUUGUGUUCACACUCUGUUUCCCAGUCGUGUUUUUUAUUGGUCUUCUGCCUCAGGUGAACACAUUUGUCAUGUACCUGUGCGAACAAGUGGACAUACAUGUGUUUGGUGGGAAUGCCACCACCAGCUUGCUUGCUGCACUUUUCAGCUUUAUUCGUAGCAUUGUGGCUGUAGCUUUACUCUACGGACUGUGUUAUGGUGCGCUUAAGGAUCCUUGGGAUGCUCAACACAUACCUGUAUUAUUCUCAAUUUUCUGUGGUGUAUUAGUGGCACUGUCCUACCAUCUCAGCAGACAGAGCAGCGAUCCCUCUGUCCUCAUCUCACUGAUACAAUCAAAGAUUUUUCCUAACAAUGAAGAUAAAAAUCCAGAGGACCCACUGUCAGAAGUGAAGGACCCUCUUCCCGAAAAGCUGAAGAGUUCCGUUAAUGAACGCCUACAGUCAGACAUUGUGGUCUGCAUUGUUAUUGCAGUGUUGUAUUUUGCGAUCCAUGUGAGCACUGUGUUUACAGCAUUACAGCCUGUCCUGAGUUACGUACUAUAUGCACUAGUUGGUUCUGUUGGAUUUUUAACUCAUUAUGUUCUACCACAAGUACGUAAGCAGCUUCCGUGGCACUGCUUCUCUCACCCGCUGCUAAAAACCAAGGAAUAUUACCAAUUUGAAGUCCGAAAUGCUGCUCACAUGAUGUGGUUUGAGAAGGCUCACGUCUGGCUGCUUUUUGUGGAAAAAAAUGUUAUUUAUCCAUUGAUAGUUCUCAACGAGCUUAGCAACGGUGCUAAAGAUAUUGCCAGUCCCAAAAAGCUGGACGUAGAGAUUGGUGCGUUAUUGAUCACUAUUGCUGGUAUGAAGCUGCUGAGAUCGUCUUACAGUAGCCCCACCUGCCAAUAUGCCACUGUCAUCUUCACAGUCUUGUUCUUCACAUUUGAUUACAAAGAGAGCUCCGAAAAACUGCUGCUAGAUCUCUUCUUUAUGUCUAUUCUCUUCAGCAAGCUUUGGGAAUUAUUUUACAAGCUACGGUUCGUCUACACCUAUAUAGCUCCUUGGCAGAUUACGUGGGGAUCAGCAUUCCAUGCCUUUGCCCAGCCUUUUGCUGUACCUCAUUCUGCAAUGUUAUUUGUCCAGGCGAUCGUGUCUGCUUUAUUUUCCACUCCUUUAAACCCCUUUCUUGGAAGUGCAAUAUUCAUCACAUCAUAUGUGCGGCCUGUCAAGUUCUGGGAGAGAGAUUACAAUACAAAACGUGUGGACCACUCAAACACAAGACUAGCCUCUCAGCUUGACCGAAACCCAGGAUCAGAUGACAAUAAUCUCAAUUCCAUAUUUUAUGAGCACUUGACCCGCUCUCUGCAGCACAGUCUGUGUGGAGAUCUUCUGCUUGGUCGAUGGGGGAAUUACAAUACUGGAGAUUGCUUCAUUCUUGCCUCGGAUUACCUGAAUGCCCUGGUACACCUUAUCGAAAUAGGCAAUGGACUUGUCACAUUUCAGCUCAGAGGGCUUGAGUUCAGAGGAACCUAUUGCCAACAGCGUGAGGUAGAAGCCAUCACGGAAGGUGUAGAAGAGGAUGAAGGUUUCUGUUGCUGUGAGCCCGGCCAUAUUCCCCAUAUGCUAUCUUUUAAUGCAACAUUUGGUCAACGCUGGCUUGCGUGGGAAGUCCUGGUUACAAAGUACGUCUUGGAAGGCUAUAGCAUCACAGACAACAGCGCAGCUUCUAUGCUUCAAGUGUUUGAUCUGCGUAGAAUCCUUACCACUUACUAUGUCAAGGGCAUUAUCUUCUAUGUGACCGCCUCUGGGAAACUCGAAGAGUGGCUGGAAAAUGAAACCAUGCAAGAAGGCCUCAGACCAUGCUCUGAUCACUGCUAUGUCGAUGUAGAUCCAACGUUUAACCCAAAUAUCGAUGAAGAUUAUGACCUCCGGCUGGCUGGGAUUUCUCGGGAAAGUUUUUGUGCUAGUUACCUUAACUGGAUCAAAUAUUGCUCAUCUCGGCGGGAAAAGCCUCUGGAUGCAGAGAAGGAUUCCCCUUUGGUGACACUUUGUUAUGGUCUCUGUAUUCUUGGGAGGAGAGCAUUGGGUACAGCUUCUCAUCACAUGUCCAGUAACCUGGAAUCCUUCCUGUAUGGAUUACAUGCUUUGUUUAAGGGAGAUUUCCGUAUCUCUUCCAUCCGUGAUGAAUGGAUAUUUGCGGACAUGGAGCUGUUGAGAAAAGUGGUAGUUCCUGGCAUACGCAUGUCAUUAAAACUUCAUCAGGACCACUUCACAUCUCCAGAUGAAUAUGACGAUCCUGCUGUCUUGUAUGAAGCAAUCGUGUCACAUGAGCAGAACCUUGUGAUUGCACAUGAAGGUGAUCCAGCAUGGCGGAGCGCCGUUCUUUCCAACUCCCCAUCUCUGCUUGCCCUGCGCCAUGUUAUGGAUGAUGGAACCAAUGAAUACAAGAUUAUCAUGUUAAACAAGCGCUAUCUUAGUUUCCGCGUCAUUAAGGUAAAUAAAGAGUGCGUACGAGGUUUAUGGGCAGGCCAGCAGCAGGAACUGGUUUUUCUUCGCAACCGGAACCCAGAGAGAGGAAGUAUUCAAAAUGCAAAGCAGGCGCUCAGGAAUAUGAUCAACUCUUCUUGUGACCAGCCGAUUGGGUACCCAAUCUAUGUUUCCCCACUGACCACAUCCUACUCCGACACCCAUGAUCAGCUCAAGGACAUUCUUGGGGGCCCCAUAAGUGUGGCAAAUAUCAGGAACUUCAUUGUGUCUACAUGGCACAGGCUGAGAAAAGGGUGUGGAGCAGGAUGCAACAGUGGUGGAAAUAUUGAGGACUCUGACGCUGGAGGCGGGACCUCCAUAAAUAGUAACAAUCCAUCAAAUCCAAAUGAUGCUCAGAGCAGUGCAUCACAAGGUGGUAUCCCAGGUGGGACAGGACAUGUGCACACAGCACGUCUCCAGCCUCCAGGUGUGCCUCAUCCAUCAACACUAGGAACCAGCCACAGUUCCCACUCAAUGCAGUCUAGCCUCGUCCGACAUUCCCCUGCUCGCGGCUCUGUAGCUAGUCAGUCUUCUUACUGCUACAACAGCCGUCACUCAUCACUUCGAACGUCUACAACAGGAUUUGUGCCUUGCAGGCGCUCCUCCACCAGCCAGAUAUCACUUCGCAACCUACCCACAUCUAUUCAGUCCCGAUUGUCCAUGGUGAACCAGACGGACCCUACAGGACAGUCAGUUGUGGUUGGCCUUCCUUCCUCUAGCAGCUCCAGCCAGAGCAUUCCUGCUUGCAAGAGACACACCUUAGUGGGAUUUUUGGGAACAGAAGGAGGAAAUAACCUCAGUGAAACACAGUCCUGUGGCAAUUCUAGUCCAGCAACGCAUUCAAGAGCCAAAAAGGAAGAUGUUGUUUAUAGAGUCCAGAUUGUGGAUCCAAGCCAAGUGCUUGAAGGAGUCAAUAUAUCCAAACGGAAAGAGCUGCAGUGGCCAGACGAGCUGGUGCGGCUAAAAGCUGGAAGGAAUAGCUGGAAGGACUGGAGCCCUCAGGAAGGCAUGGAAGGCCAUGUAAUUCACCGCUGGGUGCCUUGCAGCAGAGACCCUUACUAUAGGUCCCAUAUUGACAAAACAAUCCUGCUGAUUAAGAUUGAGGACAAAUAUGUUGCUGUAAUUGAAUCUGGUGUGCUUGAACUUGGGGCCGAAGUGUGAGACUGCAUUUGUCAUCUUUCCAAGGAAUAAUACUGAACUGACAACAUUAUAAACCUGUUUUGAGACACAGAGUUCAAGAUGCAAGAGGCGUUGAUAAUACCCAAACCUGUAAAAUUAUUACUCCCCCCUCCGCCCCACCUUGUCUGGUUUUUUUAACCGUUUGAAUGUCAGAGAGAUGUGUAUCACAUUGUAAAACACUUUCUUUCCUCUCUGGCAGCUAAGUGGUUAAUUUGUGGUUUAAAUACUUUUUUUUUUUUAACCUACACUAUAUUAUGUGUUUAAAUUAUCUAUUGCUAUGCAUUUCAUAUGCUUUAAGUCAAAAACAUUUUACUUUUCAGUUCAGAGUAUGGUCUCUCUAUUUUUUCUUUAUUUAUUUGCCAAAAAUAAUUGCCAUAUUAUUCAAUACUUUGUACCAUGUUUUUUUUUGUUUUUUUGGGGUUUUUUUUUUCCUCUUGUGUACAAAUAUAGUUUCUGUUUAUCGGACUUCAUACAUGUUUUAUACACAGCAGGUCGCUGCAAGCUUGAUACUUUUAUUUUUCCUUUCUUGUGGCAAAAUCUUUUGAGGAAACUGCACUAAACAGUUUUUGUUUUCUACAACAAUGCACUAAAAAAGUCUAUCAGUCAGAGCAUUUAUUUAUAAAUCUAUAUGUGUGUGUAUAUAUAUAUAUAUACAGAAAAUUCCGUAAUUUAAAUAGCUUUUAUUAUGAAAUCCUUUUCUGUACCUGUCCCUAUUGUACUUGCAAACAAUUUUAUGUAAAUGGCUGGACCGUUGGUUUCCCUGUGUACUGACGAAAUGCAUGCAAUUUACACAAAAUAUUUAAACACUACUAAGAGCCCCUCCCCCCAAAACAAAAUUUAUCAAUCACUAGUGGUUGAAACUAUAAGCAGAAAAGGUAAACAUUCUAAAACAAAUUAUAUCCAUGUAUAGCUGCAAUGCCCUUUGUUUUUGAAUAAGACUACUGCUAAAGCAAAUAUAUAUAAAUGGGGCAUAUGGCACUCAACUUUAAAGCCAUGUUAGGUGAAGUGCUUUGAUAUCUGUAUACAGGACAUUUUAAUCUGGUGCAGCUACCGAGCGCGAAGAUUUUUUUUCUCUUUUAUUUUCAACACGUGCCUGCUUAAUCAAUAGGGAAGUUGUAUAUAUCUACAUAGCUCGGUGAAUAAUUAAGAACUGCUUCACCCGUUUGUAUUCUAGGGCAGAAAUCCCAGAGCCAGACUUGGUUUAA